ACAUUCACUAUAAAGCCUAAAGAACACUGUAUAGUAUUGUUGUACUGUAAAGUUUCACAUCUGAACUUCUUCGUUAGCACCAGCCAUGGCCUCUCUCUCUGAAUUCUUCUCCCACCUCUAUACCAUGUCCAUAGUCUUCCUCAGUCUUCUGCUCGUUGAAAUUGUAAUUCUAUUCCAGUCGGUCAUCGGAAGUACCUUGAAGUCCAAUAAACCAAUAAUUAGCACCACUCAGUAUCUUAAACACAUGGAAGAAAAAAAUCCAAGCAUUUCUUACAGUGAAAAAUUGACGAGGCAACAAGGUUCGAUGGAAUGUGCUGUCUGUUUGUCCAAAUUUUCGGAAGGCGAAAGUGUGAGGAAAUUGAAUUGCAAACAUACAUUCCACAAGGAUUGCUUAGACAAAUGGUUACAGCAAUCUUUGGCUACAUGCCCACUUUGCAGGGCUCAGGUUUUGCCAGAUGAGAUUGUAGCCAAGUAUGAUCGGAUGCAAAAUCAGAUAGGGUAUGAUGGGAGUGACGAGGAGAUGGCGCCCCUUUUGCUAUCUGCACUACAUGCAAUACGAUGGCGACAGAUUGGGUACCAACUUAUUUCGCAUAGCCGAACCCGAAACACCUGUGGGUAGCAUAACCUGUUUAACAAAGUAUAUAUGCAACUAAGAAUCUAAAAUCCUUGAUAUUAAUUAGAAAAUAUAAGAAUGAAAUUGUUACUACCA